CAGAGACUGCAGACAUGAUACAGGAGAUGACCAGAGACUGCAGACACAGUACAGGAGAUGACCGGAGACUGCGGACACAGAUACAGGAGAUGACCAGAGACUGCAGACAUAGUACAGGAGAUGACCAGAGACUGCAGACACAGUACAGGAGAUGACCAGAGACUGCGGACACAGUACAGGAGAUGACCAGAGACUGCAGACAUAGUACAGGAGAUGACCAGAGACUGCGGACACAGUACAGGAGAUGACCAGAGACUGCGAUGACCAUUCACAAAGCGCAGCACAUGCGCAGAGAGAACAGCUGAGCGGCCGGC